UUGGACAAGGCCUGUUGGAGACAAAGGUUGGAGGCAAGGGAGAGAGGAGGAAGAAGGGCAGGAGGAGAGGCGGAACACCCCGUCUCCCUUCACCUCUCUGCCUUCUUCUCCCGCGCCCCCAUCCUCCCGCAUCCAUCGCACGACCCACCGACCGGCCAGUCACCAGCGUCCAUCUCGGUUGGUGUGGCCGCGGCGGCUUGCCACAAUCACCGGACGGUGGCGGCGCGAUGCAAGGGGGCCCACUGAGUCCGGAAGAGUACCGGGCCGCAUCGCCGCCGGCGCUUCUGCACCAGCCGGCGCCCACCAUCGUCGUGGCCAUCGACCGGGACCGGAACAGCCCGCUGGCCGCGAAGUGGGUCGUGGACCACCUCCUCUCCAGCGCCUCCCACGUCAUCCUCCUCCACGUCGCCGCCCACUACCCCGCCGCCACCCAUGGAUUUGCGUUGGCAGAGACGACGCAGGGUGCGCUGGAGGCUGAAAUGAAGGAGAUCUUUGUCCCCUACAGAGGAUUCUUCAACCGAAAUGCUCAGGUGGAAGUAUCCGAGGUGAUAUUGGAGGAGGCAGACGUGUCCAAGGCCAUUCUAGGUUACAUCACUGCAAACAAGAUCCAGAGCAUUGCGCUCGGAGGAGCCUGCAGAAAUGCAUUCACCAAGAAAUUCAAGAACGCGGACGUGCCGUCGACCCUGAUGAAGUGCGCGCCCGACUACUGCAACAUCUACGUGGUGGCCAAGGGCAAGUCCGUCAACGUCAGGCUCGCCAAGUGCGGCGUUCCGGCCGUCACCGGCACCGACGUCCUCCCGGACAACGAGUCCCUCCGGGGAGCCGUCGGGCUGUACUCUCGGCGCGGCUCCAGGGGGCUUUUGCCGCCGGCAAUGCCCGAUGCUCGGCGCUCCGUCGACAGCCGCUCCACCCUGCCGGAGCUCACCUCGCGGCCGCCGUUCCGCGAGCGAUCGCUCCCGUCGUCAGCCAAGCACGUGAUGCCUGCCGGCAAGGACUACUCCGACGCGUCCUCCCGGUCGACGCGGCACGAGUCCCUCGCCGAGCUCGACUUCGGGCAGAGCACGCGCUUCUCCUCCAUCGACUUCAGCGAGAACCUCGACAUGUCCACGACCCUCGCUGCCAGCCCCGGCGGGGAGCCCAUGUCACCGGCCACCUGCCAGGCGCAGCGGGAGGUGGAGGCCGAGAUGCGGCGCCUCCGGCUGGAGCUGAAGCAGACGAUGGACAUGUACAACGCGGCGUGCCGGGAGGCCAUCAACGCGAAGCAGCGCGCCAAGGAGAUGCAGAUGCUGAAACUGGAGGACGCGCGGCGGCUGGAGGAGGCCCAGCACGCGGAGGAGGCGGCGCUGGCGGUGGCCGAGAUGGAGAAGGCCAAGUGCCGCGCGGCCAUGGAGGCGGCCGAGGCGGCGCAGCGGCUGGCCGACCUGGAGGCGCAGCGGCGGCGCAACGCCGAGGUGCGCGCGCGACGGGAGGCCGACGAGAAGGUCCGCGCCCUGGACGCCAUCACCAACCACGACUUCCGGUACCGCCGGUACCACAUCGACGAGAUCGAGAUGUCCACCGAGCGCUUCUCCGACGAGCUCAAGAUCGGCGAGGGCGGGUACGGCCCCGUGUACCGCGCCUCCCUCGAUCACACCCCCGUCGCCAUCAAGGUGCUCCGCCCCGACGCGCACCAGGGCCGGAAGCAGUUCCAGCAGGAGGUGGAGGUGCUCAGCUGCAUCCGCCACCCAAACAUGGUGCUCCUCCUCGGCGCCUGCCCGGAGUACGGCUGCCUCGUCUACGAGUACAUGGACAACGGCAGCCUCGAGGACCGCCUCUAUCGGCGCGGCGGCACGCCGCCGAUCCCGUGGAGCCAGCGGUUCCGGAUCGCCGCGGAGAUCGCGACGGCGCUGUUGUUCCUGCACCAGACCAAGCCGGAGCCGCUGGUGCACCGGGACCUGAAGCCGGCCAACAUCCUGCUGGACCGCAACUACGUGAGCAAGAUCAGCGACGUCGGGCUGGCGCGCCUCGUGCCGCCGGCGGUGGCGGACAGCGUCACGCAGUACCGGCUAACGGCGACGGCGGGCACCUUCUGCUACAUCGACCCGGAGUACCAGCAGACGGGCAAGCUCGGGGUCAAGUCGGACAUCUACUCCCUCGGAGUGCUGCUGCUGCAGGUGGUCACCGCGCGCCCGCCCAUGGGGCUCACGCAUCACGUCGAGAAGGCCAUCGACGCCGGCACCUUCCACCAGAUGCUCGACAUCACCGUCAAGGACUGGCCUGUCGACGAGGCGCUCGGAUUCGCCAAGCUCGCGCUUAAGUGCACGGAGAUUCGGCGGAGGGACCGGCCUGACCUCGCCACCGUCAUCCUGCCGGAGCUCAACCGGCUAAGGAACCUCGGCAUCGCCUACGAUGCGAGCGUCACGGCCGGGCCCAGCUAUGGCAGUGGCGACGGUGGCGUGCAGACCACCGUCAGCUCCCCAACAGUGGGUGGUGGCGGUUCGUCCUGGAAAACGGCGGAGAGCUAGCGGCGGCGCGGUCCUGUCCUGUGUCAGUUAGAGAGCGAGCUUUUUAAACGGGGAGAAGACUCUUUCUUCCUUUUCUUUUUGCCGAGGGUUCAAUCCAAAAAUCUUGGUGUAUGUACAGUUUUCUGAGUAUGAGAAAUACUAACACGUCUUG